AUGCCCGCAGCGCUGGCACAAUCAGUCACCAUGUCAAAGAUAGGACUAACCAAGCGCCGUAAGAUAUACGCAACCUCGGAGGAGCGCAAGCAGCGCAACCGCCAGGCCCAGGCCGCCUUCCGCGAGCGACGCACAGAGUACAUCAAGCAGCUGGAGAGCACCAUCAAGCACCACGAGGAGACGCUGCAGAACCUGCAGAACAGUCACCGCAAUGCCGCCGACGAAUGCCUCAUGCUCCGCUACAAGAAUUCGCUUCUGGAGAGAAUCUUGCUCGAGAAAGGCAUUGACGUCCAGGCCGAGCUGCGCGCAAAGACUGGCAGUCCCAACCUAGGCCCGACACGGGCCCCGGCUUCUGCAAACACCUCCCCGAACCAACCGCCCCUCCAGCAGCGCGCGAUGAUGAAUAGACAGCAGCAGAGACGGUCGCUAGGAGGCCCGCCCAAGGCUGAAGGUCCGCAUGGUUUGCCCAUGAUACAACCUGAUGGUGCAAUCCCAAACCGUUCACCAAUGUCGCAGCCCACUCCCGGCUCGCACCUGUCGUCCCCAUCCACCACGGCGACGCGCUCGCCCAACUUCAUCCCGCAGGGCACCUCGGUGUCGCCCAACUUCGGGCCCAUGGCUGGCCAGCAGCAGCAGCACUUGCGGCCGCAGCCGCCUAGGUCGCAGUUCACCCCGAUGAUGGGCCCGCAGCGGCCGUCCCUGAUCACAAACCAGCCGCCGUCGAACGGCAUAUCGAGCGCCUCCACCGUUGGUAGCGGCGCGAGUGUAAUGACGCAGAGCAGCACAAGCGGCGGCCCCACGUCGUACUACUCGACUCCGUUCACGGACCACAUGAACCAACUCGGCAAGCUGUCCCAGCAGGAGUACGAUGAGCAAGCCGACAUGCUCGACGACGAGCCGAGCGACCAAUCCGCCGGGCCUGGCCCAUUCCCGCAAAACUUCCCGCCGCCGAACGCGAUGCAGUCGCAGAGCAUGCAGCCGCCAAUGCCGCCGGCGCAGAACCCGCCAUUUACGAGCCCGGCCGCGCUGGCCCCGAACGAUGGAGGCAAUGUGUUCAACGGGAUGAACCACCUCUUCGAUCCGUACGAUCCGAUGCUCGAUGCUGACCCAUUUGGGCUGUCAGCCAGCAUGCACUUCCCGACGAUGUACGAAUCGAGAUGA